AUGGAGCUCACCAAGGUUCACGUCAGGGGCAAACGCAAAACCCCCGCCACCAAUCGACCUCAGUCAUUACAGGAGCAGCCGCCCGCCAAGGCACUGCGGACUAGGAAAUCAUUGUCCACCGUCAUGAACACUCGAGCGACGCGCCGCCGGAAGACACUCGACUCCCUUCCGGCGGAAAUCCUUGAAAGCAUUUUCCUUUACAGCGGCAAUCUCAGCCUACCCCGCGUGAGCAACUUCAUUGGCAUGAAGCUUUCGGCGCGGGCUACUCUACUGCGUCUCUUCAUGCGGGCCUUUCAUGAGACAUGGGACCAGUGGUUCGGCAUCCCGACCAACCCUGCGGUUGUCCAUGGGCCUUGGUUAGAAGAUGCACAGCAUGUCCCGUGCCGCGGGGACCCUAUAUUCCAGUCCCAAGUGUUAGAUCAACCUUGGAUCACGAUAGAUUUAAUCCUGCAAGCGCAGCAAACCUGGUUUGAGACUCAUGGGAAAGGGCGCCACUAUCAACACAGCGCUUUGUGGGUUGAUGAUGCGCAUCAAGUUGGCCAUGCCUAUAAGGGUGGUGUCUCUCACUUUAAUGCACGAGAGUGCUUCGAAGUAGAUUACCAGCAAGCGGCCAAAUGGCCAGCCUUCGCCACCCGAGGUAUUCACUGGUUCUCGCAAGAUAUUCAUCCGUUGACACGUAUCCCUGAUAGACUCAUCACUGGCCCGUGGGAUGAUGAGAUGCAGCGGCAGCUCUUUUGGCUUUGCCGCGGUGGCUACAUGAGUUGUGGAAAACUCUUCAGCCAGCCUCCCUGGGAGGUCAAGAUGGAGCUAAUCCGCAACUCCAUGCUUAAUGUCGAGGUGCCUAAUGUGGUGGCCAUCAACUGCCUCUAUCGCACCUGGGUCUUUGACGGCCUACCCGCAGACGUCGUGAGGAAGGAGUUUGUCGCAUUGGAACGUCGAAUCCAAUGGGGAGCCGACUCACACCAGACCAGAGACUUGCUACGACGAGUCCGAAGCGCCUUUUUCCUCUCACUGCAUAUGCCAGAGGAACUUCUCAUGAGAUAUACCAACACCUAG